UUUCGCCGCCGCUUGCCACCUCCCGCGAUUUUCCGCACCGGUGCCCCUUCCGCCGCCCCGCGACAAGGCGGUGUUGCUGGUGUCUCCAGGAUUCGUACCGGCUCCCUUGCCGCCGUCGGAGGAGAAAGAGGGGUCCCCUUCCCUCGGGGACAAUGAUGAUGACGUCAUCUUCAUCGACGGUGAUGUCAUCGAUGGUGACGUCGUUGUCAUCGAUGGUGGCGUCAUCGUCAUCGAUGGCGGCGUCAUCGUCAUCGAUAGUGACGCCAUCGUCAUCGAUGGUGGCGUCAUUGUCAUCGAUGGUGACGUCAUCGUCAUCGAUGACGACGUCGUCGCUUCCCUGCGGUCCUCCCGAACGGCGGAAUUUGCUCUUCUUGCGCGGGGUGCUGAUGCCUGGUGCCCUUGCCCGUUGUCCUCGCUACGAAAAGGGGGACCUUGUCUACCGUCUCCUCCAGAAUAAUGACCCGAAUCUCGACUCCACGAGUAGGAGGCGUUCAAGUCUUGGGAGGUUGGGACAGUGCGGAAAGAUUCCGGGUUUCGAUGUCGAGGCGAUGGGUCGGCCGUCAGAUCACAGGAUGCUCUCCCAUCACGACAUGAUCUCCCGUCGCGAGAUGACAUCCCAUCGCGAGAAGAUCUCCCAUCGCGAGGCAGUCUGGGAUCACGAGGCAGUCUGGGAUCACGAGGCAGUCUGGGAUCACGAGACAAUGAUAUCCCAUCGCGAGAAGAUCUCCCAUCACCAGACGACCUCCCGCGGUCGUCCUCGCUCCGAAAGAGCGACCACUUCCACCCGUCAUUCCCGGGAGAAACACACGCGGAUCUUGAUCUUGGUGCUGAUCUCGGUGUUGAUCUCGGUCUUGGUGUUGGUGUUGGUGUUGGUCUCUCCGUGUCGCCAUCACGGUCGCGGCCCGUACGCAGGCGCAUGCUGCCGCUGACUGCCCCAUCG